AAUGGUGUGGUCCCUGUAAAAUGAUGGCACCCAUUUUAAAAGAAGUUAAAGAAAAACUAGAUGACACAGUAAGCAUCAUUAAGGUAGACGUAGAUAAAAAUCCUCAGGUAGCUGCAUUGUACCAAAUACAAGGUGUUCCAACGAUGUUACUGUUUAAAAAUGAUCUUGUGGAGAAAGAGCGGUGUCAUGCCUGCUUCAGAAUUGGUUCAGGUAAUACAACAAAAUCAGUAGCUUAUGAGGACAAUAAUUUGGAUGCUUGCAAUACUGUUUGUUAUCAGUUCUUGCGAACAAAAAACAACUACUCUGGACGGAAGUAUUAUCAU